AUGCGUCCUCCAAUUUUAUUGCUUAAAGAAGGAACUGAAGAUAGCCAAGGCAAAUCUCAACUAUUAUCCAAUAUCACUGCUUGUCAAGCAGUUGUUGAAGCUAUUCGUACAACUUUAGGUCCACGUGGAAUGGACAAGUUGAUUGUUGAUAGCCGAGGUACAGCAACUAUUUCUAACGAUGGUGCAACAAUCAUGAAAAUAUCGGACAUCAUCCAUCCAGCAGCCAAAAUUCUUGUUGAUAUUGCUAAAUCACAGGAUGCUGAAGUUGGUGAUGGUACCACUAGUGUUGUCCUACUAGCAGGAGAGUUUCUUAAACAAGUGAAACCAUAUGUUGAAGAAGGAGUUCAUCCCAGAAUUAUCAUUAAAGCUUUGCGUAAAGGCUUAAAAAUUGCACAAGACAGAAUUGAUCAAAUUGCCUACAAAAUGAAAUUUAAUAAUGAUGAAGAAUACCGUACUUUCCUUCAAAAGUGUGCAGCCACUGCUCUUAAUUCAAAGCUUAUUCAUCAAGAAAAAGAUUUUUUUUCAAAGAUUGCCGUUGACGCAGUAUUAUUAUUAGAUGAAUUAUUGCCAUUAAACAUGAUUGGUAUUAAAAAAGUUCAAGGUGGUGGAUUACAGGAUUCACAACUAAUUACUGGUGUGUCGUUUAAGAAAACAUUUUCAUAUGCUGGUUUUGAAAUGCAGCCAAAACAUUAUAAAAGCCCAAAAAUUGCAUUGCUUAAUAUUGAGCUUGAAUUAAAAGCUGAACGUUCUAAUGCUGAAGUGCGAGUAAAUACUGUUGAGGAAUUUCAAAAAGUUGUUGAUACAGAAUGGAAUAUUUUAUACGAGAAACUUGAACAUAUUUAUAAAAGUGGAGCUCAAGUAGUACUGUCUAAACUUCCAAUUGGCGAUGUAGCCACUCAAUACUUUGCUGACAGAGACAUGUUUUGUGCUGGUCGUGUGGUUGAUGAAGAUUUAAAACGUACAAUGAAAGCAUGCGGUGGUGUCAUUGUUGCUACAACUUAUGACUUAAAUGAUUCUGUACUUGGCAAAUGUGAGUCUUUUGAAGAAAAGCAAAUUGGAGGCGAUAGAUUCAAUAUAUUCUCUGGAUGUCCUAAUGCCAAAGCAUGCACUAUUAUUCUACGUGGUGGUGGUGAACAUUUAUUAGAUGAAACUGAACGUUCUUUACAUGACGCUAUUAUGAUUGUCCGAAGAACUGUAAAAAAUGACUCUAUUGUAGCUGGUGGAGGUGCUAUUGAAAUGGAAUUAAGCAAAGUACUUCGUGAUUACUCUAGAUCAAUAGCUGGAAAAGAACAAUUGAUUGUAGCUGCUAUUGCAAAAUCAUUGGAAAUCAUUCCAAGACAAUUGUGUGAUAAUGCUGGUUUUGAUGCAACUAAUAUAUUGAACAAAUUACGCCAAAAACAUGCUCAAGGGGGUGAAGCAUUUGGUGUGGAUAUCAAUCGGGAACAUGUUGUAGAUAAUUUUGAAAACUGUGUUUGGGAACCAGUGAUUAUUAAAAAGAAUGCUCUUGCAGCUGCUAUUGAAGCCGCUUGUUUAGUUUUGUCAGUAGAUCAAACUAUUAAAAACCCCAAGUCGGGUGGUGGUGAAGAACAACAACAGGGACGUGGACGUGGAAGACCUAUGUAA